CCGAGGCCAGCUCCGAGGGGAGUGGCAGAAAUAGAGAUGGGGCAUCGGAGGAUGUAAAGGGUCUGAGUGAGGUGCCUCUCUUCGCCUUUUCUACUCAGGCCUGAUACAUGGCAGCGUGUCUCCAGACCGGGCUGCACGGAGCGACUCGGUCCUGGGUCGGGUCUUGUGAGCGAGGAAUGUGCCGUGGAUUCUGAGAGGCCGUCUGGUGGAUGAGGGGCAGAUAUAGCGGCACAGAGGAGCUCCGUGCCCGGGGGGAAACCUGGUCAGAAGGCGUGACCCCUGGAGCCGGUGGCCGAGCGAUGGACAGCUGGACCCUGCAGGGGGACAGCUGCUCCUUCCUGGGCAGUGCGCCCCGCCACGCCUUCUCCCUGUGCCGCCGCGACGGCUCGCCCAACCACGUGGAGCUCUUCGACAUCAUCAACGUGCCGAGUCAGCGCGGCACCAUCUCCGAGACCACCUGCCUGUGCGACAUCUUCGGAGACGACUGCGAGUCGGCCUCCCUCUCCGGCAGCCAAGCCGCCGUCGGGGCUUUCUUCCCCGCCCUGAAGCAGGCAGCAGCGCCGGCGGAUGACCUGAACGACUCCUCCAGCUCCUACCACACCGCGCCGGGCUCCAGCGAAGGGGAGGAGGGCUUCGAGGACUCCAGGGAGAGGGCCCACAGCCCCCCGCUGCAGAGCGGGUCUUCGGAGAGGAGGACGCCGGUGGCCGAGGGGCUUCCAGAGGUCUCUGAGGACAGAAGCCCGCCUUUAGAACCAGAGAGCGGAUCACCAGGACCUCAUCUUAGCAGAGCCAGCCCACCGGCAUCAGUCCCUGGGGAGAGCCCCCCCUCCCCUGGACACAACAGCCCCGUUACCCUCGGCACAGAGGUGAGAUGUUCAGCUUCAUCACGAAAUCCUGGACCAGAACCAGACCCCACCAGAACCACUCCAACAUACAAAGAUAGACUUGAGUCUCUAUCUCCAAGUCCCUGGACCUCCUCCUCCGAGUCAGCUCCAGAGCCGAGGACCACCUGCUCUGAUCCCUCCCCUGAGACCCCUCCCAAAGACGUUCCUCUAGAUUCUUCUGAAUCAGCGUUUGACGCACUUUCAUCAUCCCGUAUUCCAAAGUCAUGGUCCCGGUCCAGAGACCCGUGGGCCUCCCCUGAGCUCAUCUCUCGGCCCUCCUCCCCAGACACACGAGCAUCAUCUCCCCUCUCCGAGCUGAGAGGGAGGGUCUCCCUGCCCGAUCUCCUCAGCCGAGGCUCAACACCCGACACCGAAGACGACCCCCACGCCCCGGAGCGGACCUCCUCCAGCGCGGGAGGAGACGGGCCAGGCGGCAGCGCUGCAUCGACACCCGGCCCACGACACCCCCCCCCCACACCUGUCCUCUCAACAGCUCCCUCCCCUGGCCUGCUCCGGGCUCCUCCUCCUGCUAUGACCAGGACUCCGUCUCCUGACCCCUCCCAUAACGUUAGACACACUUCAACUCCUCCCAGGACCCAGGUGUCUUCACCUGUGCUGAGUUACAGCUUAUCACCUAGCGCCACGAGGAGCUGCUCCCCCACAGACCUCAGACAGACGGCCCGCUCACCUGAGAUCAGGAUUACAGCUUCCUCCCCCGAGGUCCGGAGAAGAGAGCGGUCUUCUGAAGUGGAAACAACACCUGCGUCUCCUCUCCUAGGUCCUCACUGCUCCUCACCAAGGAGCCUCACUUCCUCCCCUCACAUCUCAGGUGUUUCUUACUGUGUUGUUCAGCCCGAGGACAGAGACUCUCCCCCGCUCCCCGAGCUCUCUGGUCUCUGCCCCCCAGAGCCUGAGAGGUCACCUGUGUCCCCUGAAGCCGGGUCCCCCCCGUCCCCGAGAGGUUCACCUCGUACCUCCGGCUUCACAAGCUCUGUCCUGCAGCCUGAGAUAACUCAACCCAGGUGUCACACUCCUUCACCUGAGCCAGAGCAUCACACACCUUCACCUGAGCCAGAGCACCACACACCUUCACCUGAGCCAGAGCAUCACACACCUUCACCUGUUGCUCCAUCACCUGUUGCCCCAUCACCUUUUGCUCCAUCACCUGUUGCUCCAUCUCCUGUUGCCCCAUCACCUGUUGCUCCAUCACCUGUUGCUCCAUCAUCUGUUGCCCCAUCACCUUUUGCUCCAUCACCUGUUGCUCCAUCUCCUGUUGCCCCAUCACCUCUUGCUCCAUCUCCUGUUGCCCCAUCACCUGUUGCUCCAUCUCCUGUUGCCCCAUCACCUUUUGCUCCUUCACAUGUUGCCCCAUCACCUGUUGCUCCAUCACCUGUUGCUCCAUCACCUGUUGCCCCAUCACCUUUUGCUCCAUCACCUGUUGCUCCAUCUCCUGUUGCUCCAUCACCUGUUUCUCCAUCACCUGUUGCCCCAUCUCCUGUUGCUCCAUCACCUGUUGCUCCAUCACCUGUUGCUCCAUCACCUGUUGCCUCAUCACCUGUUGCUCCAUCUCCUGUUGCCCCAUCUCCUGUUGCUCCAUCACCUGUUGCUCCAUCACCUGUUGCCUCAUCACCUGUUGCUCCAUCUCCUGUUGCUCCAUCUCCUGUUGCUCCAUCACCUGUUGCUCCAUCUCCUGUUGCUCCAUCACCUUUUGCUCCAUCACCUGUUGCUCCAUCACAUGUUGCCCCAUCACCUGUUGCUCCAUCACCUGUUGCUCCAUCUCCUGUUGCCCCUUCAUUUGUUGCUCCAUCACCUGUUGCCUCAUCACCUGUUGCCUCAUCACCUGGUGGCCCAUCACCUGUUGCCCCAUCAUUUGUUGCCCCAUCACCUGUUGCCCCAUCAUUUGUUGCUCCAUCUCCUGUUGCCCCAUCAUUUGUUGCUCCAUCACCUGUUGCCCCAUCAUUUGUUGCUCCAUCACCUGUUGCCUCAUCACCUGUUGCUCCAUCACCUGUUGCCCCAUCAUUUGUUGCUUCAUCACCUGUUGCCUCAUCAUCUGGUGCCCCAUCACCUGUUGCCCCAUCUCCUGUUGCUCCAUCACCUUUUGCCCCAUCACCUGUUGCCCCAUCUCCUGUUGCUCCAUCACCUUUUGCCUCAUCACCUGUUGCCUCAUCACCUGGUGCCCCAUCACCUGUUGCCCCAUCUCCUGUUGCUCCAUCACCCGUUGCUCCAUCACCUGUUGCUCCAUCACCUUUUGCUCCAUCACCUGUUGCCCCAUCAUUUGUUGCAUCAUCUCCUGUUGCUCCAUCACCUGUUGCUCCAUCUCCUGUUGCUCCAUCACCCGUUGCUCCAUCACCUUUUGCCUCAUCUCCUGGUACUCCAUCACCCGUUGCCCCAUCAUUUGUUGCUCCAUCACCCGUUGCCCCAUCAUUUUUUGCCCCAUCACCCGUUGCCCCAUCUCCUGUUGCUCCAUCUCCUGAGCAGAGGUAUCAGCACUCACAGGUAAUCCUCUCCACUGAGCACAGCCCUCGUUGGACCCGGCCCCCUCCUCCUCCUCCUCCUCUAAGAGACACACCUGAGGUUGCGGGUGAUUCCUCUUCAGUUGACGUUACAGAGAGACGUCCAGAGGAGAGCGUCUCACCUGCAGUUGGAGGAGUAGAAGUUACACGUAAACAAAUCAUUGAGUCCUUUAGUCAGAAAGAAGACACUUAUAAGGAUCUCCCCGUUAAGUCUCUCUCUCCUCGUCGUCCAGUCUCCAGGAGUCCAGGUAGCUCACCUGUCUAUCGGGCUACAGCCAGCUCACCUGUGCAGCUACUGGAACCCGCCCAGCCUCGAUCGACUGCCCACUCCCCGACCUCUGAAAGCAGCAGCUCAUCAGAACCCGCCUGCACACCUGAGCCCUCAAGCAGCCAGCCGCCGCCCAGAGUGAGACGAGAGCCCGGCCAGAGGACCACGGGGGUCAUGGCCCACCACGUGAGCAGGAGGCGGACCCCCUCCCCCCCCCUCACCAGGUUCACACCUGUUCACAUCAUAGCCCCCGAGAAGCCCUCCAGGCCGUGGCAGAACCGGAGCCGCGGCCCCUCUCAGGUCGAAGCAUCCUCCCCGAGAGGUCAUUUAAAGACAGCGGUGACAAGCAGGGAAAACCCCCAUGUCGCCCGCGUUGACAAUAAUAGCCAGGCCCAUUGGCUCGGGCAGGGAAGGCAACCGGAGAUGGAGAGGGAACUGCAGCUGCAGGAGGAACGGGAGGUAGGUAGGCACAGGGAAAAGGAGAGGGAGAUGGAGAGAGAGCGACAGAAGAGGGAGGAGCGGCUUCCUGAAAAGGGGAGGGGCGGGCGGUGGGCCGCCAGAGGGGAACAGGCCGAGCUGUCAUUCAAUGCCAGGAAUAGAAAAGGACCCGCGAGCCGCGGCGCAGCGCCCACAAGCAGAGACACCGGCCAUUCCUACUCAGAGAGACCGCUGCAGCAGCAACAGAGUCCGCCCAGAGCCGCUUCCCAACCGGACGGCGGCGGCGGCGUUCUCGGGCGACGGCGUCCACCUCCAGCGCCGCACAACCACAGCGGCGGUGCCGUGAACGGGCCCUGCCGGAGCUCCGGCUCCAGCAUGGGCAGCGAGCUGGACGAGGUGGACGACGAGGGGAAGUGGCUCACGGACUCGUCUCUGCGCAGCCUGUCGAGCCCCGAGCCGGAUUACCUCGACAUGUACAACUCCAGCUGCCGCUCGUCCACCGACGUGUCUCGGUCGUCGACACGGGAGAGCCCGGCCGGGGGCGGCGGCGCCUGGCCGGCCUACGCCGACUUCAGGGGUUCUGCUCCCAGGCUGGACAAUGAGGAACCGCCCCCAGGCCUGGAUCCAUCGCGGCGCAUUGAGAUGGGCAGCUUUGAAUGCGUGGACGUGGCCGUGGACAGAGAGGACUGCAGGAGGGUGAGGAGAGGAGUGCCGAAGAGGCAGAUCCAGCUGAAGAGGAGGAGUCACUCUGAAGGGAAGCCGGAGGAGAGCAGCGCCAACAGCAGUCCUGGGUUACCAGGGAUGGUGGGAAGCCCGUCUCCAGAGAGCUUCUCCAGGGAGACGCUCACGAGGCAGCACAGCACGCCAGAGGCAGCGCCACAACGCCAGGAGAGGAAACUCCAGAAAUCUGUUUCUCUGGAUGAGACGUGCACCAAAACCAAGAUGGCCACUUGUAUCAUCAAGAGUGUGUUGUCCAAGAAGAUGCAGGGCGUGGACGAACAACCCGAGGAGCGCGCAGGAGAAGAAGGGAGCGCCGAGUCCGAUGAGCCCAAAGAGUCCCCACAGCCCGACUCACACCACCGCCGCUCAUCGGAGGGUCUCCCUGCAGGAGCGGAGCCGAGAACGCAGGAGGAAUCCAGACCGCCGAAAAGCUUGGGAGCGAGAUCCGGCAACGGGCCGAGCGAGGCGGCCGACCCGCACGCCGCGGCCUCGCUGAGAUCUGACGCCAGAUCAGAAUCGAGAGCGCCGUUCGAGAGGAAACGGUCGACGGGCGCCGCGCCACGAGCCGCUGACGGCGGCGGAAUGCAGGGCGGUGACUCAGCAGAUGCCGCUGCCGGGAACUCAGGAGCUCCUUCGGCCACCGGAGACGGCAGCGUGCCGGUCAGGGCGACGGGCGGAGGCCGGGAAUGCGACCGCCGACUGCAGCCGGCUCACAGACACACGCAGGAGGUCACGCUCAGAGCCGUGGAGAAGAAGAAGGCCUCCUUAAACGUCUGCCUCACGCCGGAGGCACAGCACAAACCCUCUGGGCUGAAGAGGGAACGGCUGGAGGCCGGCGAGGACCAGAAAACAGAGGAGGAAGAAGAAGGAAAUGGGAACAGUAACGCUAAAGUCCCCAUUCACAAAGUUAGAGACGUGAGGAGACUCGUAAAACAUACGUACAAUCUGUCCUUCAAGGCAACGAGUGAUGAGCCGCCGUCACGGGGGGACGGAGAACGGAUGGACUCUUCUCAUCGGGACCGGAGGGAAGAAAUAACAGAUGAGAGAAGGGAAGAGUUCCCACGGGAGGAGAGGGAGGAAAGGCCGUUGAUGAGGAGGGAGGAGGUGAGAGAGCCAAAGAGGACCCCCGUGUCUCCUCAGUGCAAACCGAUGCAGAUUCACUACAAGGCCGUGUGCUGGAAGGAAGACAAAAACAAAACGGAGCCGCCGGGCCUCAAAGCCCCGGCUGCCGAGAAGCAGCUCGUCACGCAGCGGAGCCACGCCACGAGUCCACGGCACGGCGCCGCCGACAAGACGCCGGGAACACCAGAGAGCAACGAGGGCAGAGCGGCGGCGCUGAAGGCCGACAGGAAGCCGCCGCUGCUCGGCAGCCUCCCCAAACUGCCCAGUAAGGACCGAGAGGUGUCCACCGCCGUGGUGCUCAUACGAGACGGAUCCAGUCAGAACGAGAUGUCCGCCCAGGAGGAGACUCCCCCCCUCCUCCAAGGCCCAGCUGCUGCCCACUCGCCUGGACCCACCAGCCCCACCAGCCACGCUAGUGGCCACUCGGUGUCGACGCUGUUGAAGGAGAAGGGCUACCAGGCGGACAUCGGAGCCGUGAAUAAAGGGCUUCCACGUAAACACGUGAACUGCCUGGAGGUCCCCCUCCGGCCCACCAGCCCCGCCCGAGGAGGUCGGCCGGAGCCGCGCAGAGAGAGGACCUUCUCCUCCUCGUCGCCCAGCAACACAGACUCCCUCGCACAGGCCAGAGGAGACGAGGGGAAGCAGAGCGCCGCUCCUCCAACACCGCCUCCCGCCAUGCUCAGGGAACAUGGAGACUUUGAAGCGGUGAAAAGACUGGACCCGACCGUCCCCCCCAGGUUCCCGCCGCAGGCCAUCGAGGUGAAGUCUGUUUCUAAAGAAACCCCGAAGCCAGAGACGCACGUCUCGGCCAACAGCAUCGAGGUUCAAUCUGUAGCUAAAGCUUCUCAGAAGCCGGCCGUGGCUCCGAAACCGAGCUGCAAAUUCAAACCGGCAGAUUCGGGAGCCGUGCCGAGCGAAGCGCCGAGAGCGCCCGGCGAGGAGAGGCCUCAGACCAUCGUGGUGUCCUCGCCGACCGUCUACAGGACGCUCUCCAACGAGUCCACGUCCAGCUACACCAGGAAGCUGGCCGUGUCGGCCGUGUCCAGCCUCAAGCCGCCGGCGUGCAAAGCCACGGCCACGCCCAUCUCCGGCCUCUCCACCCAGCCGGAGGCAUCCGGUGUCAGAGGUCAGCGGCCCGGGGCCUCGCCUCAGAGAAGCACGGCCGUAGCUACAGCUCCGGGUCCGGCCUCUGACCCCGAGCCAAACCGUGUUCCUGGACCUGAAUCAGCUGUUCUGGAUCCAGAAGGCCACGCCCGGUACCCCAGAUCGCCCAGAUCGCCACACCCUCCUGAGCGAGCCACGCCGGUCUCUCCAAACAGCGCUAAACCACCUGCGGCUCCGGUGCUGCUGGGAUACCGCGGCUCGCCCUGCAGCCGGCGCUGCUCCCCGAGGCCGGAGGACCUCCUCUUCGACGCGUCGGACGACCCGCCGAGCUACGACGAGCGAGAGAGCUUUAGCCCCCUCCUGCUGCCGGACCUCAGCCCCGGGAGGUCGACCCGCUACCGGUCCUCGCCGCGGCCCCCUCCCUGCUCCUGCACCGCCGGCUGCCCCUCCCACCCGGGCCCCCCCCCUCCUCAGCGUCACCGCAGCCCCCACAGCCUCAGCCCUCCCGCGCCGCCGCCCUCUCCGGGACAGGCGUCGCCUUACUCGGUGGCUCCGCCCCCUCUCCGCCUGCACCAGCCCAUGAGCUACCAGCCCGGCUCUCCCAAGUCCAGUCCGCUGGGUCCGGGCCAGCCGCCGGCCGCGUCCCAGCCUCUCCACCAGCCUCCUCCCGGGGUGCCCCCCCACCAGACCUGCCCCGCCAACCGCCCGCUCUAUCCCCCCCAGCAUAUGGACCCCCGACGCCCCCCAGUGCACAGAUCCCCCCAGCAGCAUCCACCAGGCGUGGCGGGCGCCCCGGGCCACGGCCACUCACCUGGCCUGCCGCCCAUGGACCCCCAGUACCUGUGUGGCCCUCAGAGCCUUGGGCCGGCCUAUGGCUCUGAAUACGGGGGCGAUAGCUCCAGUUUGUACUCGGACGGCAGCUACGGACAGACCCCCCGCAGGGUGCUCAUGGACCCCGAGACGGGGAAGUACUUUUACAUCGAGGUGCCCGUGCAGCCGCUGAGGAAAAUGCUGUUCGACCCGGAGACCGGCCAAUACGUGGAGGUGCUCAUCCCGCAGCAGGCCGUGUCCCACCCGGGCCUGUACCCCCCCGCCGCGGCCCCCUACUCGUCCCUCCACAGCCCCAACAUGUACGCUGCCGCUCCACAGUACAUGCCCUAUGCAGCCCCUCCCCCCCAAGCCCACCCCCAGCCCCCCCGCUACCCCGAGGCCUCUGUCGCUGCAGCAAUGCACCAUGCAGGCGGGCCGGGGGUCCACUACAGGAACCCCCCCGGUCCCACCAAGCCGGAUCCCCAGAGCCACGCGCCGCUCGACCAGAGCUACCUGGACGGCGUGUACUACGUCCCCACGGGGAUGAGCGCCAGCCCCACGGCCACGCCCCCAGACUACUACCACCAGCACCCGCCCAGCCUGCCCCCGGCGGGGGGGAAGAGGUCCUGAAAUAGAGGACAGAGGCCGCCGUCCUGGAGCCUGUUGGGUUUUAAAUACACGGUGUAUAAAGGAGGUGUCCGAUGUUAGACCCUCAUGUUAUUUGAGUUUUCGCACAUUGCAACUGACGACACGACUCUGUGAUUGUUUGUUUGUUUGUUUGUUUUCUGCUUUGCUGCUUGAAAUAUCUGAUUCUUGAGUUCAUAGUUUUGAAUAGAGUUUUUUUUAUGAGGUGUUCUUAAAUCUUACAAUGUUUGUCACUUUUGAUACAGGGUAGGAACCUCACGCUGUGUGUCAACAGUCAAUAAAUAGGUUUUACUGACAAAUAUGUGGAAAACACUGUUUUAAAAGAACCUAAUGUUUAUUGUAUUAUUGUGUUUCUCUAAUAUUGGAUGAGUGAGUUUGUGCAUGUUGAGAUAUGCUCUCAUAUUGUGUGAUUGGACAUUGGGCAACUUGAACUGAUUGUGACCAAUGAACCUGAUUUGAGCCACCUGUGUGUGGGCGUGAACUGUUUAUUUGAGUGUCAAUAAAAAGCCUCACUGGAGGGUGAGGGCAGUUCUCUAUUGGCUGUGUAACAGACAA